CCCUCCCUGUCUCCCUCUUCACUCCUGUGCGGCGUUUCAUACUCAUAAGUAAAUAUGCGAAUUCACACUGCGACUUGUGCGUGUCAGUGAGCGGAUAGUGAGCGUGCAGGCUUCCCUCAGCCCGUCCCAGCUGCUCCGGAUCAUACAACCGCAGCUUCCCCUCCAGCAGGUAUGGCUGUGUCUGCAGGUCUCAACGCAGCAUGAGGACAUCUGAUCCCGCGGCAGGAUCUCCAGUCAGCAGACAGUGAAGACUAGUCGCCACUAUGCGAUGUGUGUAAGGGACCAGUGGCGGGGUUGUGGACCCAGGCGGGAUGCCGCGGCUGACGGCUGGUCAGUAUGACUUUGCUGGACUUGUGGUUGUCGCGCUCUAUCCCCAUGUGCCUGCUCCUACAGAGCCUUGUCCUCAUGGCCCUGUGCUUCCCCUCGGCCAGCAUGUGUCCAAAGGGCUGCAUCUGCCAACGUGACCCCCACCUCCACGGCCUCAACGUUACCUGCAGUCAGUCCCGCCUCAAAGAGAUCCCAUCCAGUCUUCCGGUCGACACCGUCCUGCUGAGGCUGGAGCACAACCAAAUAGGUGCAGUGCCCGAUCAAGCCUUCCACGGCCUCCGGCUUUUGAGGGAGCUCAACCUUUCAUACAAUGCGGUGGAAACAUUAGGGGAAGGUGCCUUCAGCGGCAUAGAGGCGACGUUACAGGUGCUGGACCUCUCCCACAACCGCAUCACUAGCGUACACAAGGAUGCCUUCGCUCGGCUCAAGGCCCGCGUCAUUGUGGACGAUAACCCCUGGCAUUGUGACUGCGCCCUCCAGCAAGCCAUUGGCGGAAUGGCCCACAACCACGAGGCAGCCGCCAGGGUCCUCUGCAGGAGCUCGGAACUUCGUGACCAAGAGGGUCGACCUUUCUUGGCGGUUGACACCGACCUCUGUACCCUAGCCAAAAGGACCACAGACUACGCCAUGCUGGUGACCAUGUUUGGUUGGUUCGCCAUGGUCAUAUCAUAUGUCGUGUAUUAUGUUCGUCAGAACCAGGAGGACGCCCGACGCCACCUGGAGUACCUCAAGUCGCUUCCGAGCAAGCCCAAGAAACCUGACGAGGCUGACGACAUAAGCACUGUUGUCUGACGGCAGCGUCAUAGUGACUGUGUCCCACACAAACCUCACAAACACCACGAUGUUCUAGGACCUACAUUUAUAGCGUAUACUAUUUAAAACUUUUAGGUGAGCUUCCAAUCUGCUGACAAAUCUUUGUAUUUUGGAAGUUCUGGUGUAUGUACCGGUGUUUGUUCACGACUGAUCUGAGAUGAGAUGAUAGCGGGGCCACAGAGUCUAAUAGUCUAAUACCAACAUUGUUUUUUCUACAAAAGUUGCAUAUGGGGCUUUGACAUUUUUUAUCUCAGGUUUAAACAUUGACAUGAAAAUGGCUUUUUAAGAUGAAAAUUUGGAAUAUCUGAAAAAUAUA